AUGUGCAGCAAUACUUGUAAUAGUGCUUGUGGUUGUGGGACUGGUGCGAAUGUUGUUAGUAGCAUCUGGAGUUCUGGUUUAAAGAAACACCAAAAGCGUCCUAGAGUGCCAAAAAGAGGACCAGGUGUGGCUGAACUCGAGAAGAUCUUGAGAGAGCAAGGACGCAUAGACGUAACUACUGACAAGGGAAAUUCACAAGAAUUUUCAUCCUUUAUCUCUCAUCCUUCUUCAUCUUUGAAAUUUCAUCCUUUGCAACCUUCAGGAACACAAAAUUCUUCUCUACCUUCUCCUUUCUCAAGCAAUUUGGCAGCUAAUGUUCCUUCUGCCCCAAUAUUUGAUCAUUUUGGUCCGACUACACUCCCAGACAUAACAUCUAUGUACGGUAAAUGUGGAUCACUAGAAAGAAGUGGUGGAUCUGAUCUGGUUUCUCCUGAAAAAGAAUUGUUUCCCUUGAAUCUUAAUUCAAGUAAGUCUAAUUUGAACAUGAAUGAACCGAUUGAUGGAAAUCAAUAUGAUUCCGCCAGUUCCCCUUCCAGGAAUUUAUCUAGUGACUGGCCUUAUUCUGCAAAGAUUCAACACACAAACAAUCAACACCCUGCUCCCAUUACUCCUAUGACAAAUCAAUUCCAUGGAACCGCAACCGUCGGACCUCAAAAUCAUCCAGAGCUUCCUUCAAACCAAAAUUCUUACAAUCACAUGGAUGCCAAAUGGGGUAGCAGUUUGGAGCUUAGUAACACAAGGUUCAAUUCUGACAUGACAGUCCCUGGUCGUGCAAAUUUUCCACCAUUUGUUACUCAUGAAGUUCCUUCACCUCCCAUGCAUUUGUUUCCAGGUGUUAUUUCAAAGGGGAAUGUGCUACCUAGCCAUGCUAGUGAAGAUAAAGGAGACUCAUGCCAACAUUUAGAAUCAAGUGAACCAAAUCAUAGACCUUUCUAUAACUUCUUAGAAGUGGAGGACUCAGAGGUGACAGAGAAUAUGCGUGGAGCAGAUCGUGGGGGGCGUGAAGCGGGAAGAGUUGGCAUUGAUCUGAACUUGAAGCUCUGA